AUGUCAUUUGUCAACAAAUACGCUGAUAAGAAAGCCAUCAUCUUUACAGAUUUCGAUGGUACUGUUACUUUACAAGAUAGUAAUGAUUUCAUUACUGAUAACUUAGGGUUUGGUUAUGAUAAACGUAAAGUUUUAAAUGAUGAAGUCUUGAAUGAAACUAAAUCAUUUAGAGAAGCUUUUACAUUAAUGUUGGAAUCAAUUAAAACUCCAUUCCCAGAUUGUGUUGAUUAUUUAUUAAAAAACAUUAAAUUAGAUCCAGGUUUUAAAGAAGCUUUCAAUUGGGCUCAAGAAAAUGAUAUUCCAGUUGUUGUUGUUUCAAGUGGUAUGAAACCAAUUAUUAAAGCUCUUUUACAAAAUUUAGUUGGUGAAGAAUCAAUUGAUAAAAUUGAAAUCAUUUCAAAUGAUGUUAUAGUUAAUGAAGAUGGUUCAUGGAAAAUCCAAUAUAUUGAUGAAACUCCAUUUGGUCAUGAUAAAUCAAGAGCUAUUAGACCUUAUAGAGAAUCAAGAAAAGAUGUUAAAACUCAAACUUUAUUCUACUGUGGUGAUGGUGUUUCAGAUUUAUCUGCUGCUAAAGAAACUGAUUUAUUAUUUGCUAAAAGAGGUAAAGAUUUAGUUACUUAUUGUAGAAGACAAGGUGUUGUUUUCAGAGAAUUUGAUUCUUUUAAAGAUAUUUUAGAAAGUAUUAAAUCUGUUGUUAAUAAUGAAAAAACUAUUGAUGAAUUAAAUGAAAAUAAAUAA